AUGGCACAUUGUUGUAUUCAACAUAAAAGAAAAAAUCAAUUUGCUCAAGAAGAUGAAUUAUCAUCAUCGGGUGGAUUUAUUCCUUAUCUACGCAAAUUACAUUCAACUCAAGGUCAUGUAGUAAAGCCUGAAGGACCACUUUUUGAGAAUACUAUUUCCGUGACAGAUCCUCGGAUUAUAAAAUCAACAUUAUCAAUAGGUGAUAGGCCUAAUUUUUUGUUCAAAUUUUUGGAACCAAUGUUUGGGCAAGAUAAUUUUCAAAUAUUUGAAGCUGAUAGAGCUGCCAAAUUUCGUGAAUUGGUUGGGCCAGCUUUAGGACAUGAAGAUAUUGGGAUUGAAUUGAUUAGUCAAUGGGAAAAAAUCUUGAAUUCAAAUAAAGAUGCCAUAUUUAGAAUGCAAGAUGAAUCACUUGAGUUUUCUUUACGGGCAACAAUGAGGGCAAUCAUAAGUAUAGAUAAACCACAAGAUCUUGAUUUAAAAGCAUUCAAACAUGCAUAUGAUAUUGCAUUAAGUGGUUUAUUUGAUAAACAAUUUGGUAUGCUGGAAGCAUCACGUGAAGAAGAAUUUCAAAAUUCUAUUAAUUAUUUACAAGAAACUUUAAAGAAUCUAAUUUCUAAAAGAAGAGGAAGGACUAAUGUUAAUGGUGCAAUUUCUUGGACUAUAUUCGAAUUAACACAAAAUAUUGAAAUUCAAAAAAAACUUCAAGAAGAAAUUGAUCAAGUGUUAAAAUGUCAUUUACCCACAUUUGAAGAUUUAUCAAAAAUGGAUUACUUGACUCAAGUUGUUAAAGAAUCUUUGAGAGUUCAUCCACCUGGAGCAUUUUGUGCACGCUUCUUAAAAUCAGAUAUGAAUGUUGAAAAAAUUACAACAACAACAAAAUCUUCAUUGUCAUCUUCAUCAAUUGAACCUCACAAGAUUGAUAAUAGUCUUUUAUUAAAAUCAAAUACAACCAUCUUAUAUCCAAUUCCAUUGUUACAUGAAAACCCAAACUUUUUUGAAAAUCCAUUGGAAUUCAAACCAUCAAGAUUUGCCACCACCACCAAAACUAUUAAACCAUCAACUUAUUGUCCAUUUGGCUUUGGUGCUAGAAUUUGCCCAGCUGAAAGACUUGCAUUGUUAGAUGUCAAAAUGAUGAUUUGUCUUAUCUUCCAAAAAUUCAAUGUUGAAUUAGCAAUGAACUUAAAUGAUGUUCAGAAAGAAGAAAGAUUUGUUGUUAUGGCUAAAAAUGAUAUAAUG